AUGCAUAUGAUUUCUGUCAUCACUGGCCUUGCCGGACUCGCCGCCACGGCCUAUGCCGCCCUGUUGGUCGAACGCGCUGCGCUUGCAUCGGAUCAGCCAUUACAGAUCACCAACUUGACUCUCUACCAUCCACAUGCAGGCAACACCACCGUCGAAUUCAAUGUUUACGACCCAGAGCCGUUGACCAAGAACGCCCCGAGCGCAACCUGCACUGCCUCAUGGGCCGCAGACAACUACCCCAAAGACACCUACGUGAGUUCGAGUCCAACAUCUUUCCGGAAAGGCUUGACUAGUAGCUGACGUUUCCGGAAAAGAUCCUGUGCAACAAUACGGCCUUCGCUUGGAACUUCGCGGAAUGGAACGGCUAUCAGGAUUUCACUAUUGGACUUGAACAUCAAUUCACCGAUCCAGCGUAGGUGUUAUCGACGUCUACUAUUGCUACGAACGCUAGCGCUAACAUCCAACAGCGUUGGCAAACCACCGUAUGAUCAGCUAACUGUCUUUGGCCAUGGGCCCUACAACAAGAAUGUCCUCUUCUGCGAGGGUGCCGGCAGCCAGAUGGUUUGCAACCAGAAGAAGGGCACCAUUGUCGAAGCACACAUCUAUGCCACGACCGCAUAG